AUGAACAGAGACCUCACACUAGAAAGGCUCCUUCUCAGCCGAAGUUACACUUCCGAGGCACAAAUCACCCAGCUAUUAGAAUCCAGAUACUCCAUCACUGGAGGUCAGAGACCCUUUCUUCCUUUAACGCCAGCAGAGGCUGUUUCAGAGGAGAAAGAGGAGAAAACCCUGGAUUUCACAAAGAAUUUGGAUGUUAAGCCGUCUGCAACGAGAAAAUCAAAUGCUAGAAAGAACAUGAGAAUCUACAUCAAGACAACUCAGGCCAACCAGAAAAAGGCCAUCAAACGCCUACAGGCCUUCCAGAGAAAACAUCCAGAGGCUCCAAUGAAGGUGAAUUCGCUUCUAAAACAGUAUUCUAUUCCUCGUUAUAUUGAGUAUGAGCCGUUGAAUCAGCUCUGGAAUCAGUACAUUCUGGAUUUACUCUUUGGUGAACAAAGAAAUCCCAAUCUCAAUAUGGUGUUGCCAAAAUUGUCGAGUGCAGACUACAACGGAAGUCAUUUGACGGUCUUGGAGUGUCGUAAUCCCCAUUUGGUGGGAAUGGCAGGCAUUGUGUUGUAUGAUGCACAGCACUCGUUCAUAAUGGUAAUUCCACAGGUCACUGAGUCUGAAACGACCAUUUCCCCGUCAGAGGCUCUUGGAGGGCUUCGAAUUAUUCCAAAGAAGGGCACUAUGUUUGGGUUUGAUGUGGCUAUGGGCGAUGAUAUAGUGGGUUUCACCAUUCUUGGGUCUCGUUUUGAGUUGCGAGCAGUUGACCGGUCAGGAAAGAAAUUCAAGAGCCAUGAUGUGGAGGACAUUUUGUGA